AUGAAUUCUCUCACAGAGGAUCUAUGGUCAAUCAUACUAGCAAGAUUACCACUAAAGAGCAUCAUAACUUCAAAACUUGUGUGCAAGCAGUGGAAAUCGAUUGUCGAGUCUCCAUACUUUCGUAAGUCUCUGUACCAAAACUUGCAUUCUUCUUCAUGGUCGCUCCUUGUUUGGGAUGAUAAGAAAGACGUCGGUACAACUCUUUACGGAUGCGAACCAUCUAUAGGCUCUUACAUCUUAUCCUUCCUAACUAACAAGUUUGAGAUUCAGAGAGACAAAUACGAGUAUUCGGUCUGGGACUACACGGACGUUGGGUUGAUUUUGGUCAGUGAAGUGUCUAAGAAGCCAUCUAUCCUUAUCAAUGCAGUGUAUGUGGCUAAUCCAGUUUCACAGGAUUGCAUAGAACUCCCUUCUCAUCUCAAAGAAUAUGUUUUUCCUUUGGGAAUUGUCACACGAACGGAGAACGGCGUUGUUUUAGAUUACAAAGUUGUUUUGCUUGACUUUGGUAAUGUGAACGAAAACAUGGAAAUAAGUUUGUUGAUAUAUUCAUCUGAGACAGGCUUGUGGAGUCUCAGCAUUGUCCAUUUGCCUUCAUCUUUGUACUAUCAAUAUUUUUAUCGUUCAAUUAGCUUGAAUGGAAAUCUUUACUGGCUCAACCGCAAUAGUGACAAUGAAGAUGUUAUCGUAUCCCAUGAUUUCUAUGCAACUGGCACGGAUUCGGAUCGAUGUCGAGUUACACUUUAUCCUGAUUCAGGAAAACAUCCCAAAUUCAGAAGAGGAUGCACUAUAUCUCAAGGAUUUCUCAUGUAUAUGAAUGUAGUGUCUAUAACCAAAGAUGAUGGAAGUCUAGAGGAUAAGCUAAGUAUAUGGAAGCUUAAGAGCGGGGAAUGGCAGCUAGUAUCUGAAAUCUCUGUGGAUUGUGUUAAUCCCAGUUUUGAUCAUAUUCCAGUGACAAUAAACUCUGUUGAUGCUAAAACAGUCUAUUUCUGGAACAGGAAGCAUCAAAGUUUGGUAGCUGCUAACAUAUGCAAUGGGAAGUUUGUGCUCCAUAGUGAAUUGGAACAUAGCGGUCGCAGUCCGAAUUCCUUUGAAUGCUUUAAAAGAUCAGACUGUCCCUCGUUUGUUCUUCCACAAUGGUUGCAUCUCACGCCGGUGAGAGGUGUUUAGACAUAAUAUAUGCAAGACUUCACUUUGUUUCUUUCUUUUUUGGUUAGUUUCUUAUGCAAGAAGAAGAAGAUUGUGCUUGGAUU